AUGCCUUCUUUGAAUUCUUCGUCAUAUUCUCAUCUGAAUUCUGAUGACGUGGAUUUUUUGGAAUCUGAAAAUACGGAAUCUGAAAUUUCCAUACAAAUUGAAAAUGUAGGAAAACGAAGUGUUUCGAAAUUCGUGUUUGGGCAUAGAACCCGAUUAUUUAUUAUGGUUUUAUUAUUAUUCUGUCUAACCCUACCUCAAAUUAACUCGAUUACUUUUAAUUUUACGGUAAUUUGUAUGGAAGACUUGGUAGAAAAUUUUUAUACAAAAAAUUUGAGUGGAACCCACUGGAUGGAGUCCACAACCCACAAAUCCUUUAUAUUCUCCUCCACAGCUAUUGGCGCAGUAAUUGGUCUAAUCCCGUCUGUCCCUUUAAUUGACCAAUUAGGGAUUCGAAUUGUUUUAACAGUCAGUGGAUUCCUUUCUGCCAUCGGAUCCCUAUUUUUUCCGCUAGCAGUGGAUUACAAUUUUUAUGCUGUUAUAGUGUGUCGAAUUCUUCAAGGCCUCGGAAUUUCCAUUGUUUUUACAGUAGUGGGUGUGAUUCCAGGUGUCUGGGCUGCUGAAAACGAGACUGGAACAUUUUUGGCGAUUCUCUCGUGUGCUUUUCAAUUGAGUAUGAUUAUUUGUAUGCCAGUUUCUGGCCUACUCUGUGAUUCUGACCUCGGCUGGAGGUCCAUUUAUUACAUUUUUGGAAUUCUCACUCUUUUUUCCUAUUUUCUAUUCUUUUACUUCUAUACAGAUUCCCCCAGAUUUCAUAGAAAUGUAUCGGAAAAGGAAUUGAAGAAAAUUGAAAGCGGAAAAUUAGAAAUUUUAAAAGAAGGCGUUCCAUAUUUUGAAAUUUGCACGGAUUUAACGGUCCUCAUGGCUUGGCUUUCUGUCCUUGGAGGCAAUUUUGGAUUCACAAUUUUAACAUUAUAUGGACCAACUUAUUUGAAAAAUGUACUUCAUUUUGAUGUCAAAGAGACUGGUUUUGCCACGGCGUUGCCUUUCAUUCUAAGCGCUUUGGUGAAAUUCGCAGCUGGGAGGAUUUCGGAUAAAAUGGAGCAUUUGUCGGAGAAGCAACAUAUUCUAUCUAUCAGUGGAGGAUUGUACCAACUACAUCGUGACCCCUUCAGCUUCUUCUACCGUAUCUUUUAUGCCGUCGCAUUCCCAUUCAGAGACUACUACUGUCGUCCAUUCUGUGAUGGAGGCACUGGAGAGGACUAUGAACUAGUUCUUUGA